CUGAUUUGAUAGAUUACAUAUAUGUAUAUUGAGCCUUUGUAGUAAUUAUGCGAAUCAGUUUCUGCCAGGCCCUGCUAACAGGAGCCAUUGUGCUGAACUUGGUGAUCCUGUAUUAUAUAUCCCAAGCCCAGCAACAGAUGAAGGAGAAACGCCGCAUGCAGGGGAAAGGCUUAAAAAAUGCCUUCCAAUCAGUGUCGGGCCUGGGAAGUUUAGGGAGCGUAGGGGCAAGAGGCAUGACAAGGGACAACAAAGUAAGAGGUCUAGAGGGUAGUUUGAAAAAUCCUCAUUUGACUGUUAUCCUACGUGAAUUUGAAGACUUUGAGAACUAUGUAGGAGGUGUGGCUCAGUCCUUCCUGCACCGCAUGCCAGAACUAUGUUUCCUGGUAGUAGCAGACACCCUGCCUUACCCUCCUCUGACACUGCCUGAGAACGCCCAUUUACUGGUGCUGUCUCCGAGCCCAGAAAAGCCUCCUCAAACACAUCGUCCAGAAAACCAUGUGCAAUCUGAGUUUGUACUGCUUGUGCCUGAUGGUGUUGUGUUAGAGCACUGGCGGCAACUUGAGAGGCUUGUUAAAGAGUUGAAGGCUGAGGGAGAUGGCCCAGUGCGCCUGGUUGCAGCUCCAGUGCUGACCCGUGCCGCUGUCCAGUGCCUGCACUUGCAAGUGAACCUCAAGGAAUGGACAGCUACAUACUCCCUUGGGGCAUCUGAGAGUGGUAGCAGUAUGUGCACUGCUUUGCAUGGUGAUGCUGUAGUUCUUAUUCGAACUAAGGACCUUUUCAACCUAUCAGUCCCACUUGCACGCCCCCUGCUGUCUGCUCUGUUUAUUCAGACUGCGCUUAGAGGCUGGAAGGUUAAACUUCUGGAGGGACUUUCAUUUACUGCCAGCCACAGGCCCCUCUUUAGCUCUGCGCACAACCAGUGGAAGGCAGACUAUCAUCUCAAGGAGGCUACCAGCCAACUAAUGAGAAGCUUUGGCCUUAAGCGAUUGGUAUGGCCUGAUGGAAAGGACCAGUGGUUUGGCUGCAGCAAGGAAACAUCACGAUGCUUCGGCACAGUGCAUGAUGAUACACCAGAGUACCUCUAUUUGGAGCGAUGGACUCCACCCUGCUGCUUGCGUGCCCUGCGUGAAACUACAAAGCAUGUCGUCAAUAUUCUGGAGAGUUCUGGUGUGCGCUACUGGUUGGAAGGGGGUAGUCUUUUAGGAGCAGCCAGACAUAAAGACAUUAUACCUUGGGACUAUGAUGUUGAUUUGGGUAUCUACCUGGAGGAUGUGCCCAAUUGUGAAUACCUUAAAAACCUAGAUUCAGGGUCACUGGUGGAUGCCAGUGGUUAUGUAUGGGAGCGGGCAGUAGAGGGAGACUUCUACCGUAUUCAGUACAGUGAGGCCAAUCAUCUGCAUGUGGAUCUAUGGCCUUUCUACCCUCGAAACGGAGUUAUGACCAAGGACACGUGGACUGAUCACAAGCAGGAUGUGGAGUUUCCCGAGCACUUCCUGCAGCCACUGGUGCCCAUGCCAUUUGCUGGCAUCACUGCUUAUGGACCCAACAACCACCGUGCCUUCCUGGAGCUCAAAUUUGGGGAAGGGGUAAUUGAGAACCCUCAGUAUCCUAAUCCUAUCAAGAAAAGUCUGACUAGUUAAUAAAAAGUCUGACUAGUUGAUUGUAAGGUCAUAUACAACCCCCUAUGAAAGUACUGGAACGCCAGUUCUUUUGUUUUUGGUAUACACUGAAAACAUUUGGGUUUGAGAUCAGAAGAUCGGAUUUUUGGCUUUCAUUUCCUGAUAUUUACAGCAGUGUCUUAAACAACUUAGAACAUAGCACCUUUGGUGGCAGACUACCCAAUUUCUUGGUGAGCAAAAGUAUUGGAACAGAUAGUCUUAACAUAACUCAUUCUAAAUCUUUGGUUGCAUAUCCCUUGCUUGCAAGCCUCUUCCAGAAGCAGCCAUGCAAACCCAAGCUAUGACACUACCUCCACCAUGUUUCACAGAUGAGCUUUUAUGUUUUGGAUCAUGAGCAGAUCCUUUCUUUCUCCACACUUUGACCUUUAAGAACUUUGGUAGAGGUUCAUCUUGGUUCCAGAACUUUUGGGGAUCAUCUCUGUAUUUUUGCAAAUUCCAAUCUGGCUUUGAUUCUUACUGCUGAUGAACGGUUUGCAUCUUGCGGUACGGCCUCUAUAUUUCUACACUCAAAGUCUUUUUCAAACGGUGGAUUGUGAUACCUUCACCUCUGCCCUGUGGAAGUUGUUAAUGAGGUCACUGACUGUUGUUUUUGUGUUUUUCUUCACAGCUCUCACAAUGUUGGACAUUAACUGCUGCUGGUUUCCAUGGCUGACUCAUUCAAUGUUUCGUUGUUCAUACACCAGAGAGUUCUUUCUUUUUCAGGACGUUCUGAAUUGUUGUAUUGGCAUAGGCCCAAUGCUUAUGCAACGGCUCUGAUCGAUUUUUCCCUCUUUUCUCAGCUUCUAAAUUGCUUGCUUUUCUCCCAUAGACAGCUCUCUGAUUUUCAUAUUGUUUGAUCCUUUUUAACAACAAAUCCGGUCUUCACAGGUGAACCCCAGGAUUAAAUCCAAGAGUAGACAUUCAGAGACAUUAACUGUGAAAAUAAAUCGAUCUAAAAGAGCACACAUGAGCAACAAGAAACACCGGUCAGUCAGGUUCUAGUGUAUUUUGAUAACUUGGAAAAAUGGGUGGGUUCAAAACAAAACGUGCAUGUUCGGAAUUAUUUAACACGUCUAGAUACAAAUGAGGAAAUGAAAGCUGAAAUUCUGAUCUAUCAUCUCAUGUUCAUCUUUUUUCAAAUGAAUGUGUACAGGUUUGUGCACUGCAUGUUAAUCAUCAACGUCUUAAAUCAAAGAAGAUAUUUUGGCCUUAAAAACUUUGAGUUAAAUUACUUGUGCAUAUUUAUAUUACAUUUGUGAAUUACAAAAACUGCAAAAUGUAAUUUAAAAAAAGCAAAAAUGUAUGCAUUUUCUUGCUUAUAGGGCCCAGCUCGAUGUCCGAGUCCAUAUUUCACACGAGUCGCCAACUCCAAGACAGUUUUACACACUAGUAUGUCUUGUAUAUUUGUAAAUUUUAUAAAUAAGUUAUAAGAUAAAGUUGAUUAUUUUGUUCUUUAUAAGACUAGCUAGUGAAUUGGAGAGGAAUAGUGCUCCUGUGGGCUUAGGCACAAAAUUGUUACCUAUUCACUCCUUUGUGAGGGCUCUAAUGCUGGAGGUGGGGGCUCACUAUCUCUGCCCAAGGUACCAAGACUUUCCUGUAAUGAAAUUAUUCUGCUCUCUCCAUUGCUAAUCCUCUCUAACAUCUGGAUGUGCACAUCUAAUUCUACAAUCUUUGCUGUCAGAGUGCUAACUCAUUUAUAUUUCACACAAGUAAAACUAUUACUAAAAUAUUACUAACACUAAUUACUAAUGACAGAAGAAUAGCUUAACGUCUUACACCCUGAAUAAGCUCAUGCCGAAACGUAAAUAAAUUAAUGUACUCUUGUUUGUCGAUGAUUUCCACCGAGGAUUUUGGGCAGAUCCAAUGCAAGUAAUGUUCAUAUGACGUCUGGUCCUUAAGAACCACUCUUGUAUUUUGAAUUAGCUUUGGGGUCCAAUUGUUUUGCGUUUCCAAUAAACAGAGCCGAAUUGUAGAGUCCUUUUUUUUUGCAUUUGCUUACUGGACUAACUGCACAACUCGCGUGAUGAAAAACACCAUAAUAUGUUUGAUAGCAACAGAUAACUUGAAUCUGAAGGAAUUAUUUUAGGUAUGUUUAAUAUAUUAAGGUAUGGUUUUUAAAAUGCUUUAUAUUUUGUGGUGGCCCUCAUCUUAACAAUGUAAUACAAUGUUGUCCGGUCUGCAAUUAUUUCAUAAGUUUCAUAGAGUAUGAAUUUUUGAUAAUUUAUUUACUGAUUUUUAUGAUGUUUAAAAGGACUGAAUGUUCCAGGGUGUGUCACAUGUUAAGAGAUAGAUAGAAUGAGGUUAUUACUGGAAUUUUUUUUACUUCAAAUUCCCCCCCCCCCCCCCCAAAGGAAAACACAGAUUUGGUCUAAUUAGAAAUCAGAUCACUGGCCAUGACAGGGCAAUUGUGUACCUGAUUGUGAUGUCUACAAUCAGAUAUUAAUGUUAAUAAUUACAGUGCAUUGUAAUGGGUAGAAUAGUCUGAUCAACACCUGCCACAAACCAAAUGCCCAUGUAUUAAAAUUACACCUCAAUAAAAACAUGUAUCGUUUUAAAAUGCCUUGCAAUAUCUUCACCUGUCUGUUUUAGGUUUAAAGAGAGAGAUUAAAGUCUAUGGAAAAACAGGAGGUCCUUUGGCAUCUAACUGAAACCUUGCAAUUUCUCCACUUGGUGUCAAAAUUCAUGUAUUCUGUAAAUUUUAGGCUUCUGACAUUCCCUUUAGCACAAUACCACGUUCAGUCUCCUUAUCCAGACAUUGCACAGAUGGUCUUUU